AUGGUGGUCAGGGCAGAGAGCACAGAGGAAUAUGACUACGAUUACCUCAGCAACACCAACAAAACCUGGGUCCUGACCCCCAAAGCCCAGGAGACAGAUGCCACACAGAUCCUCAACUCCCUCCUCCAGAACUAUGACAACAAGCUGCGCCCUGAUAUCAGCAUCAAGCCCACCUUCAUUGAUGUGGACAUCUACGUAAACAGCAUUGGGCCUGUCUCUGUGAUCCACAUGGAAUACACCAUUGACAUAUUCUUCGCCCAGACUUGGUACGACCGGCGCCUUCGCUUCAACAGCACCCUCAAAGCCCUCACCCUCAACACCAAUAUGGUGAGCCGGAUUUGGAUCCCAGACACCUUUUUCAGGAACUCUAAGAGGGCUGACUCCCACUGGAUCACCACCCCCAACCAGCUGCUCCGGAUCUGGAAUGAUGGGAAAGUCCUCUAUACGCUCAGGUUGACCAUUGAAGCUGAAUGCCUCCUCCAGCUGCAGAACUUCCCAAUGGAUACCCACUCCUGCCCUCUGGUCUUCUCCAGCUAUGGCUACCCACGAGAGGAGAUCAUCUACCGCUGGAGAAAGUACUCUAUUGAAGUCUCUGACCAGCGAACUUGGAGGCUCUACCAGUUUGACUUCACAGGUCUGAGGAACACAUCUGAGGUGCUCAGGACAGGUGCUGGGGAGUACAUAGUCAUGACCGUCUCCUUUGACCUGAGCAGGCGGAUGGGGUACUUUGCCAUCCAGACCUACAUCCCUUGUAUCCUGACGGUGGUCCUUUCCUGGGUCUCCUUCUGGAUCAAGAGAGACUCUACACCAGCCAGAACAUCUCUGGGAAUCACCACCGUGCUCACCAUGACUACCUUGAGCACCAUCUCCCGCAAGCACCUGCCCCGGGUCUCGUACAUCACUGCCAUGGACCUCUUUGUCUCAGUGUGCUUCAUCUUCGUCUUUGCAGCCCUCAUGGAGUAUGCCACCCUCAACUACCUGGCAGGAAACAAGAAGCCAACACAGCAUAGCAGCAGGAAGCCCAGACUGGCAGCCAGUCAUGCCCACCUGGUGAUGCCCUCCUACACUGCCAUCAACAUCAACAGCCUGGUGCACUGGCCCCCUGAAGUCGAGGGCAACAGUGAAGAGGUGGAGAGCGAAGACCUGGAGCCCCCCUGCUUGGAAGGGAAGGAGUGUCAGAGGUUCUUCUGCUGCAUUGAGGACUGUCAGAAGGGCACCUGGCGGGAGGGCAGAAUCCGCAUCCACAUUUCCCGUCUGGACUCCUACUCCCGGGUUUUCUUCCCCACAGCCUUCCUGCUGUUCAACAUUGUGUACUGGAUUGCUUAUCUCUAUCUCUGAGUUGUCUCCAUUAAAAGGUCUGCACAAAAGGAGGACUUUGAAGUUCGCCUCUCCUUUCCUCCUCACUUGCCAAAGCUAGGAUUGCAGGGUGCAGCUGCCAGCCAAGAGGAGGGACUGCCCCCCCUCCAGUCUGAAGAAAGAGUUGCUGCCCCUGGAGACUGUAAGGCUUCCCUCUUGACCCAUGUUGGCUAGGACAAAUAGGGGUUUGGGGUUGCUGCAGUGGCCAGGGAGGCUUUCUAUGUAGACCUGACACAUUUAAAAUGCUUUUGUCUGUAAUAUUCAGUUGAGAAAAAGCAUUGGUGUCCCCUCACUCACCCUACUGCAUAUCCUCUGAAUUCCAUCACCACUCCCCCCCCUGUAGUUUAUUACAAUGGCUGUUCUCUGUCUCCAUGGCCAGAGGCUGAACAGCUCUAAAUUCCAGUUGCUGAAAAUCACAAAGGCGAGAGGGCUCUGGUGCUCAGGUCCUGCUGGCAAGCUCCUUCCCUUUUGAGAAAUCUGGCUGGCUACUGUGAGAAGAGGAUACUACCCUAAGGUGGGCCAUUGGCUUGAUCCCCUAGGGAUCAUCUUAUGUGUGGGAUGUUUAAAAGGUUGUCAAACCAACAAUUCAUGUUUUGCUAGAGAGGCACAUAAUAGGAGCUGAAGCUCACAGAGUUUUCCUGUAAUCUUGCUAGAGAGAACUCUGUGAGAGAUGCUCCCACUGUGCCCUGACAGGGGGAGGGUGUAGCUGUAUAUAUUCUCCUGCCUGCCUUGGCAGACUCUCCUUAUUCUCUGUCAUCUCUUUCUGCUGUGUCAGCAAUGUGAGAACAUCUGCCAAGUCUGAGCCAUUUUAAGCUAGACACCAUUUUAAGCUAGACUUAAGUAUGUCUUUGUAACUGAAUUACCAUUUAAAGCCUGCCUGAACAAAGCUGCUGUAUCUGUUACACUUCAACAAG